AUGCGCUUCUACCAGCGUCAAAAGUUGGGCGGGCGGCACAGUCCGCUUGUUGAUACCGAUCUACCCAGGAACAAGGAUCAGGAGCAAGAAGUUCUCAACUGGAUCUCGGCUGUGCUUGGAGAACCCUUGCCAAAUGGCGCAUACGAGGACGUCCUUAGGGAUGGUAUUGUCCUGUGCAAGCUAGCGAAUAAAUUGUCACCGGGAUCGGUUAAGAAAAUCCAGGAAAAGGGCACAAACUUCCAGCUAAUGGAAAAUAUCCAAAGGUUCCAAGCUGCGAUUAAAAAGUACGGAGUACCUGAGGAAGAAAUUUUCCAAACAGCUGAUUUGUUUGAGAGGCGUAACAUUCCGCAAGUCACAUUAUGCCUUUACGCAUUGGGCAGGAUUACACAAAAGCACCCCGAAUUCACCGGUCCCCAACUGGGUCCAAAGAUGGCCGAUAAGAAUGAGCGCUCAUUUACAGAAGAACAACUAAGAGCCCAUAACGCAGAAUUGAACCUUCAAAUGGGUUUCAACAAAGGUGCUUCUCAAGCUGGUUUGGGUUCAUUUGGCAAUACUCGUCAUAUGUAA